CUUUUUCUCUUUAUUUGGCUUCUACACGCUUUCUGCUGAAGAUGGAUUCUUCGAAAAUCUUCGACGAUAGUGUCUGAUUCUUGCCGCAUUUUCAUGGGACUUGCUUUCUGCAAAAGAGCCAUUGCAUUUCUUCUUUCUUGUUGGCUGCUUUUCUGCGUUGCAUGCUCAGUGGAGGGACUGCAUGAAGAUUCAAAAGUAAGAGGAGUGAACUUGGGUGGUUGGUUAGUAAUAGAAGGGUGGAUAAAGCCUUCUCUUUUUGACGGAAUUCCCAAUGGAGAAAUGCUUGAUGGAACAGAGGUGCAAUUAAAGUCCGUGAUGUUGCAGAAGUAUGUCUCAGCUGAUAAUGGAGGUGGGAUGAAUGUUACAGUUGAUAGAGAUACUCCUUUAUCAUGGGAAACUUUCAGGUUAUGGAGAGUCUCUGAAUCAAUCUUUCAGUUUCGUACUUCUCAAGGCCAAUUUCUGACUUGCAAUGGCAGUGGAAGUGUGGUGACUGCCAGUGCAGAAUCAGCUUCUGCUACAGAAACCUUUUACCUUGAGAGAAACAAGGAGAAUAGGAUUCACAUUAAACUUAAAAGUGGAACUUAUCUCCAGGCUUCAAACUCGAACCAGCUCACAGCAGACUAUCCUGGAACACCUGGUUGGGAUGAUAAUGCUGCCACAUUCGAGAUGACCAUAACAGCAAAUAACCUGCAUGGUGAUUACCAGCUUGCUAAUGGAUAUGGGUACAAUAAGGGAAAAGAGGUUCUUAAGAAGCACAGAAACACAUUCAUCACCAUCGAAGAUUUUGACUUUCUGUACAGAAAUGGGAUAAAUACUGUUAGAAUACCAGUUGGUUGGUGGAUAGCUUUUGAUCCCAAUCCUCCAGCUCCUUUCAUUGAUGGCAGCUUGGAAGCUCUCGAUAAUGCAUUUUCAUGGGCUCUAGCCUACAGCAUAAAGUGCAUAAUAGACCUUCAUGCCGCUCCAGGCUCACAAAAUGGAAUGGAACAUAGUGCCAGUAGGGAUGGUACAACAGGGUGGUCGUCUCCAGAUUUCAUCUUACAAACAUUGGAUGUCAUUGAAUUCCUCGCUUCCAGAUAUGCCCAGCAUCCUUCCUUGCUGGGAAUUGAACUUCUAAAUGAGCCAUGGGCUGCCACAGUUCCAUUGGAUGUCCUUGUUUCAUUUUACGAGCAGGGAUAUCAGAUUGUUCGUAAAUACUCGUCCAGUGCGUAUGUGAUAUUCUGCCAGAGAAUUGGAGAUGCAGAUCCAUUUGAACUCUAUCAAGCUAACUUAGGCUCAAUAAACACAGUAGUUGAUUUGCACUACUACAAUAUGUUUGACCCAUCCUUUUCUAACAUGAGUACACUGGCCAAUAUUGAAUUCAUAUACAAGAGCAGAGAAUCCCAAAUACAAGCUCUAAACAGUGCCAAUGGUCCACUUGUUUUUGUAGGUGAGUGGGUGAAUGAGUGGAAUCAGACCACUGGAACCCAAACAGAUUAUCAAAAUUUUGGCACAGCCCAGUUAGAGGUGUAUAAUGCAGCUUCCUUUGGGUGGGCUUAUUGGACACUCAAAAAUGACAGGAUGCACUGGGAUUUUGAGUGGAACAUCCGCAACAACUAUCUUCAACUACAGCUGGGUUGUACGUCAAGCAGGCAAAUUUCAAACAUAAUCCUGUUGCCUGUAUUGGUGUGCUGCUGCUUCUUUCAACAUCAUUUGUUGUGAGAGAUGGUGUUAAAACUUCUGUUAUGGCACAAAAAUCAGUGACAAAAUCUGAAAGUAGCUUAUUCUUUGCCUGUUCUGCUCAGGCACAAGCAUCACACUCUAAUGUUUUUUUAUUAUUUGAAGGUGAUUCUGGAAAAAGAAUGUUCCAAAACCCCCAUCAACAAGGGGAAUAGUCUUGUUACAACAUUGUAGCUAAAUUUUGUAAUACACUGGAAUACAAAAUGAAAAUGCAUGCUUUUAAGUUUCUUUCAA